GAUUGUUUAGGAGAGGCUUACAGGUCGAAAAAGGAGAAAAGUGUGGCUAUCUACACGAUCCGCACAAAAUCCAGGUUGCUCCAUUUCCGUAACAAAGCAUUUUCAUCUUUGAUUCCUUUUCCCUAAAAAACUCCAAUUCCAAUUCACCGAAAUUCCCUCCUUCAUUCUUCCCGUUACAUCAAAUCAAAUCCAAUUAGUUCAAACAAACUCUACUACAGUUCUUCUUCUUCAACCAUGGCUGGAUACAGAGCAGACGAUGAAUACGAUUACCUUUUCAAACUAGUUCUAAUCGGUGAUUCAGGUGUUGGUAAAUCCAACUUGCUUUCUAGAUUCACUAGAAACGAGUUCAAUUUGGAAUCUAAAUCUACUAUUGGUGUUGAAUUCGCUACCAAGAGUUUGACUGUUGAUGCUAAAGUCAUUAAGGCUCAGAUUUGGGAUACUGCUGGUCAAGAAAGGUACCGUGCCAUCACUAGUGCUUACUACCGAGGAGCUGUCGGUGCUUUACUUGUCUAUGAUGUCACACGGCGUGCUACAUUUGAGAACGCUGCUAGGUGGUUGAAAGAGUUGAGAGAUCACACAGACCCCAACAUUGUGGUCAUGCUUAUUGGAAAUAAGUCGGAUCUCCGACACCUUGUUGCUGUCCCCACAGAAGAUGGAAAGUCUUUUGCAGAGAGGGAGUCUCUCUACUUCAUGGAGACUUCUGCUUUGGAAGCAACCAAUGUAGAAAAUGCAUUCACUGAGGUUCUAUCUCAGAUAUACCGCAUAGUGAGCAAGAAAGCAGUUGAAGCGGGCGAAGGUGGCAGUUCCUCGUCAGUCCCGUCUGUAGGACAGACAAUAAACGUGAAAGAGGAUUCUUCGGUUUUGAAGAGAUUUGGAUGCUGCUCGAACUAGGUGCUUCAUGUAUGUCAGUUGGUUCGAUAGCCUGUGUCAUCUUGUAAAUGUCUGCACUCGAACUGGGAUUUCAACUUGUAGCAUAAGGCUAGUCUUACAUAUGGUUUUGGAUAAUGUUUAAAGCAUCAUUUGCAGGAUUUGUUUUUCUUAUAGCGGUAUUUUUAAAGUUGUACUUAACAAAUAGGACUACCCAAAUUCAUACAGGUCAAGUUUUAUUUGCAGGAUUUUGAUAUUUGCUAUGCUCCAGUAAUGGUGCAGCAAAUAACAGUUUGAAUGUCAUUGUUUAGAAUCAAAGAUUUGAAACCCUUAUGUUUAGUUUCGUUAUACUGUUAAGACCAUAUACAUGUUCUAGCUAUUGCA